AUGUUCGAGCUUCGCCACCUUACCUACGCUCUUGACGCGUGUGGCGUCCCAGGUUUGCCUUUCUUGGUUCAGUCAUGCUUGCUCAUUUUUCUCUGUGGCUGCAUCGCACACUGUAUGUAUUCGUUGUGCUUCCAUCCGUUGCAUCGUGUACCGGGCCCUCUGUUGGCACGACUUGGUUUUCCUUUGUACAGAUUCAUGAUGGCGCUUAAUCUGAGCUACUCUUGGGAACUACAAAACCUCCACAAGCACUAUGGCUCAGUUGUUCGCAUUGCACAGAACACGGUUAGUGUGAUCGACCCUGUGAGCUUCCAAAAAAUAUAUUAUGGUCAUCAUCCCCUGGAUCGGAGCCGCGAGUUCUUGAAAUCGGCAUUCACAAUAGAACAGCUCAAAACACCUAGUCUAGUCUCUGAAAGAGAUUCCAGUGCUCAUGCUGCCAAGAAGCGGUCUAUCGCGCGAGUUUUCGGCCUUCCCUACUUGAAAGGAUUGGAGAAAUACAUCGAUCCUUGUGUCACCAGUCUUCUAGGAGCUAUGGACAAGAUCAUCGAUGACUAUAGGGCAUCAGGUCCGGAGGUAUCUUGCAAUUCUGAUACGCGAUGUGCUCCGUUCGAACUCAGCUUAUGGAUGCGGCUUUUUGCCGCAGACGCUAUGGGUGAACUCGCAUUUGGAGGCUCGUUCGGUCUCAUACAAGAGGGGACACAUGAUGCCGAGUCCAAUUUCAUUCUACCCAUAGUGAACUCAUCAUGGUUUGGACUAUUAGCUGGCUCUGUGCCGACGUUCGCGCCUUACAUCAAAUGGACGCUCCGAAAGCUCUCUCGUCAUUCCCCUGCGAUCGUAGCCAAGCGUACAUGGGAAUAUGUGGAUCGUCGAUAUUCAAUGCUGGCUGCUUUAUCUGAUGAGAAUGCAGCAGACUCUUUGCUCCCCAAAGAUACUCGGAGCGGAAUUCGCUCUGACAUGCUCAUGGGAUUCAUUAAAUCAUCGCACCCAGUGUCAAAGAACCCGUACGGUCCGGAGGACGUUGCUACGAUAACGACAUCGAUGUUUUCUGCUGGCAGCGAGACUACGAGUGUGACGCUGUCGGCGUUUUUCUACUACAUCCUCCAAAAUCCAUCGGCAUAUGCUCUCCUUCAGGCUGAGGUAGAUGCAGCCGUCAACGAAGGAAGGCUCCACUUCCCAGUAUCAUACGCAGAAGGAUGCAAAUUGGAGUACCUCCGGGCAUGCUCUAAAGAAGCAGCCAGGCUUAUACCGAGCGUUGCUAUGGAACUACCCAGGGUUGUUCCCGCAGGCGGCAUAAUUGCAGAGCACACUAGUGAUGAUAACAUGCAAACCAAGCGAUUCUUCUUACCUGAAGGUACAGAAAUAGGGGUCAGUGCCUUUACGUAUCACCGGUCCCAGGCAGUAUACGGUGAAGAUGCGGAUGAGUUCAAGCCAGAGAGGUGGCUUAAUUUGGUAGACCACGAGAAGGCACACAUGGAACGAAACUACUUCUCUUUUGGUGGCGGCAGCCGCGUGUGCCUUGGAAAAAACGUCUUUCUAUUGGAGAUGACCAAGUUACUUCCCGCUCUGAUAUAUCACUAUUCUUUCUCGCUCCUCCCCCGCUCUCGCUCCAGCCUUCAUCGUCGUCGAGGCCCCAAUGGCACGAGAUCUGUGACGGAGCCCUGUUGGCUGGAUGCAGGAUUUGCCCAUCAUAUAACAGUGCGUCUCGUCCGCCAAACUCCUCUUGUGCCAUUACGCACUCGCAGUUAUUAA